AACUCUUCGCGAAGGGUUGGUUGGAUAAAUAACCAAGGCAGUUGGCAGCGUGGUGACUCGUUUUCAGAACCGCGACUGAAUCGGUUACAGGCGUAUCGUAGCUGCUGGUUCGAGCGCGUUUUCUACCGAACGCACUCUGAAAAGGUGCUCUACGCUGUGUAGUUUUGGGGAUCAGAGUGUUCGGGUGCUGGGAACGAGUUUGCUGCUGUGUGCUGUGCGUGUGUGUGUGAGCGUUCGCGCGCGUGUUUGUGGAUAACCGAGAAAGCGGAAGCGGAAGAGCGAGCGCAGUAGAGCGUGCGAGAGAGCGACGAGUGAUUGUUUGGAGUUGUGGAGAGCAUCGUGGAGUGGGGCAUCGAGUUGCAAACUCCAGAAGGGAGGAAGGAAAAAAGUGUGCCGUGUGCGUUGGUGCUCGAGAAGGAUCAAAGAUCGAUCGAUUUUUCGGUGGGGGCCAGUAACGGAUCAACAGGACAACAGACCACUGCCAAGCGUGUGUGUGUGUGUGCACAGCAUUAGACAGCAGUAACAGCAGCAAACCAUGGCGGACAAAAAGGUAGCGGAACAGUACUAUGCCCCACCGCCCAAGCUGGGCAAAUGGGAAGGAUUUAGGACGUUCCUGUGGAACAGCGAAACCAGCCAAUGCCUUGGCCGUACCGGAUCCAGCUGGGCGAAAAUCCUCUUCUUCUACGUGUGCUUCUAUGCUGCCCUGAUCGGAUUCUUUGCCGCGAUGCUGGCGGUGUUCUGGCAGACGCUAGACAUGCAGAUGCCCAAAUAUCAACUUGACAGCUCGCUGAUUGGAUCGAAUCCAGGUCUGGGCUUCCGACCGACACCUCCAGAGUACCAGAAUGUGGAGAGUUCGUUAAUCUGGUACCGAGCCUCCGACAACGGCAACGUCGAGAUCUGGACCAAACUUAUCGAUGAGUUUUUGGAGCCUUACACGCUAGAGGAAGAUAAUCGCGUCGAUUGCUCGUUCGACAAUCCGCCACCGGAGGGCAAGGUUUGCAAAGUUCCUAUGACUAACUGGUCUCCGUGCGUCAAGGAUAACAAAUACAACUUUAAGAAGAAGAGCCCAUGCAUAUUCUUGAAGCUUAACAAGAUCUACAACUGGGUACCGGAUAUGUACAAUACCUCUACCAACUUGCCGGAAAAGAUGCCCGACGAUCUCAAGGAGCACAUCCGUGGCGAGGAAGCUCGAGGAAACAAAAACACUAAUGUGGUUUGGGUUUCCUGUUCCGGUGAGAACCCUGCCGAUAAUGAGCACAUCGGUGCCAUCCAGUACAUCCCGCGUCGUGGAUUCCCCGGAUAUUUCUUCCCGUACAAGAACGUUGAUGGAUAUCUGCCGCCCGUAGUAGCGGUCUACUUCGAAAAACCAAAGACUGGCGUCCUCAUCAACAUCGAGUGCAAAGCCUGGGCCCGCAACAUCAUGUACGAUCGGGCCGAGCGAAGAGGGUCCGUUCAUUUCGAGCUGAUGAUCGAUUAAAUCGGCACGCUCGUAACUCGUGACCGUGUUUUUGCAGCAGCGAAUUACCACCAAGCGGGUCAUUUCGCGCACAUUUCGCCGGGCGCACGUGUUAUCAUCGUUUUUUUAUGUUUUGUUGAUGUAGAGAGCAAAGUUAGGGCGCGACCGAACUGCGACCGUCGGUAAGCGCGCGCACGACAGCGAGCGAGAAGGCACAAAGCAGGCCUAGGAAGAGUAUCGUGUAUGAGUUUAUGAGCUAGCGUUAGGACAACCGCAGAACAAGCAGCAGCAGCAGCAGCAGCAGCAAAAUGUAGUACGCAAGCAGCCACGUGGAGUAGUCCGGUUUUGUUGGAGCGGAAGAUCGUCGAAAUUGAAGUUUGUGGAAAACAAACAAACGCAACGGACGAGCGUGCAAUACCAAAAACAUACCGAAGCUAAACAGUCGUAAAACAAAGCUGGGAGGGCGCGUAAUCAAGGGCAUAAAUAUAAACAGAAGAAGAAAAAAAAAACCAACCACAUUGUAGUAGUCGACGAGAUCGAGAGUGUGUGUGUGGCGUAAUCGUUUGAAUCAUUUGGCUAGGCAUUUUAUACUUUUCCGUUGGCGUACUUCAGCCCGCCAGCGGUUGGCCAGAAGAUUGUUGUAUGAUUUUGUUAUUGCAAUAGUAUACAUAAUACCCACGUUAAAGCAAAAACGGGAAAAGAAAAGCAAAAGCAGAAACUAUUAAUAAAGGCGAAAACAAAACAAAACCCAGUCAAAAGGAUUUAAGACCAUCGUAAUAACUGUAGGUAAGUUGUACAGCUAAUUGCAAGGAAGAAAACACACACACACAGAGAACAAAGCAAACGCAAAUUCAAGAAAACUCCCGUCGCUGGAGGCAUUCCGCUCUCGGCUUCAGCCAUGUAAGGCAGGGAGGCUUACAGAAGAAAAUCUUUAAAAAACCCUUACCGACUUCGAUUCGGCGCGUACCCCGAACGCGUGUACUGUACGCGGUAGUCGCAGGAGAGCGAAUGUGUUCUUUAGGUGCAGAUGCUAGAUAUAGUGUGUAACAGAAAAAUCUACAAAAGGAAACCUUUCCGUAAAAAACUCUCUCCACCAUCUUACAUACACCGAAACACCCGCAUAGCAUGAUGAUCUCGCUGGCAAAGCAAACAUAGCAAAACUAGGACCGAAUGGUAUACAGCAGGGCGAGAACCGAGAAGAGUAUGGCAUAGAAACAAGGGAGGGAAAGCUUCCUUAAGCCCUACGAAAAAAGAAAAACGGUUUCGGUUCGGCUACUCCAUUCGCAUCUGCGUCGUCGAUUCGCUUUCUUGAGCCUCCCAGGUAAAAUAGUCUGCAAAUUGUAGAUCUCUAGUUUGAAGCGCCCGUCGUACAUCAGCAAAAUGAGCAUCAACCAACCAAAAUGGAGCAAUGUAGUUUGUAUCACACACUCACACACACACACACACGCUAAACUUUCUUCUCGUGCCGUACUCACAAACAGACAUACAUAAACACACAAAAACACACACACACGCUGUGCAGUGGCCCCGAUGGCCGUAUGGGUAUACUCCCGUUUUUUUUUCUCAAAACACACCAUGUACGAUGUACUACUACUAGGCAAAGCAGCUAAUGGAGAAUAAAAUAAAUUAAUAAAACACACUCAAAAAAACAAAAAUCCCAUAAAACGACAACCAAAUGGACGGUUUUCUUUUUCAUCUUGAUGACGGUACGCGCCGUACUGUCAUCAAGCUUUGUAAGCGUGUGUGCGUACUUAUUGCGUCGCGUAUUGUAGUAAGUAGCGAUUUAAAUGAAGAAGAAAAAACAAACAAAAUGGAGUAGCUCCGUAACAUCGACGUGCGCUUUGUUUGAGUUUAGGUGAACAAAACCAAACACAAACAAAAUGGUAGCGUGUUCUGCUAGUAAGUCGUGUAAGAAGUAAGCAACACCCUUACUCAAAACAAAGGUAAUAAAAACCAUAGACGGGCCUCUUUCUAUUCUGUAUCACUCACUGCCCAACCAACAUGAAUACGUUAAAAGGAGAACAAAAAAUCGAAUGAAAUAAUAAAAACGAUAACCCUUACGCUGUGUAAUGUGAAGCUGGCGGAAGUUUAUAGAACAAAUGAAACAAAUGAAAUGAAAACGACAACAAUGAUGCGAAAAUGUUAAAAACAUAUAAAAAUCGAAAUGAACGAUCGCAGCAGCAAAACGUGACAUCAGUUAAUUCGUUGUAUAGAAAAAAGAUCUAAUCUAAAAACCAACAGCAACAAAAAAAAUCGUUAGCAAAAAUAAGUUAUAAAACACAACCUAUAAAGCGCGAACCUAGUGUUAAAACAAGAGAAGGAAAGAGAGAGAGAGAGCAAAGAAACAAUGAUGUCGAAUGAAGGUGGUGAUGGCAAUGCUUUAACGUGUUAGUUCAAUAUGCGGGGCCUGUUUCUUGUGUUCGUUGUGAUUGUUAUUAUAGUCGCCAAUUUUUAAAACGAUAUUACUAGACACUCGGAUACUAGGACACUCGGACACUAGGCAGGUGACGGCAGUGACGUUGAAAAACAUCACUUGUGAUGUUUAUCUUCCUAGAUUGAAUUCUUUCGCUUUAAAAUCCAGACGCCAUGCUUCGGUCUAAAUGUUUAGGAGCGGCUCUUUCACAUGUACUGGAACACCUGUCUUAAGGAGUAGGCUUCUGUCACACCGAAAAUCUUUGAUAAUUGUCCGUGCCUGCGUGUGCGUGAUUGUGUGCGUGUGUGUGUAAAUGUUUGGAUUAUUUGUCAAGCUUAAGCUGCAUCAGCCGAGCUAGGUUAGGGUUAUGUUUUCACAAUAAAACAAUGUAUCGAACGUGUUUGAAGCGAAUCUAUCCCUGUUGUCACUUGAUUUGGUGUUCCAUUCUGCUGGCAUACUUUGCUCGAUAACUUGGAGCACAAUUAUCUGGUAGGAGAUGUAUACUUAGAACCAUGCCAUAAUUGGCUAUGGUUGCCACUAACACAGUUUAUAAUUGGAAGUUCGAUUCUUCACGCAGAAUAUGUGAGAUGAAAAUGAGAAGAGGUAACUGUACCUCCGUUCAGUGACUUCAGACUUGAGUGGAGCGAUGAGGCUCACAGAAUUAACACACUCAGCCAUUAUCCACGCACACAUACAAGACGCGCAGGAUCGAAAAGUGGUUUAAAUAGGAGUGUAAUACUCUAAUAGAACUUAUCGUCCUUUUUUCUCCGAGCUUGAAGGCAUCUGUGUAGAACACACACACAUUAAAACGAGUUAUAAGUAUUUUUUUAACGAAUAUAAAGUAUAACAAAUCGAAUCGAUCGAAUUGAAGUAAACGACACACACACACGAUCGCACAAGGAUCGCCCAAGCACGCCCAUUUUUGUUUAGGCUAAGUAUCUAACGGCAGCGAGCAAGCGAACUAUUUGUUUAGCGAUACCGUUUGCAUCCAUCGUUUGUGUAAGUGGUGUACGUGGUUUGUUAAGUUUACGGGGGUGACAUUUGAUGGCCACCAGCCUGUCAGUCUGUUUUUUUGUCGAUCGUUCGUGUUUGUAAGGCGCGGCACGCUGCACGCAUAUACGCAUAUAGAAAUAUAUAUAUAAAUAGGUAUUAAACAUGUGUUUUGCACUGGCAAGGUGUGUGGUUGGUAGGUUUUUUAUUUACUUUAAUUUCGUUCCUUAUAUGCAUCGGCUGCGUACAUCCUUACAUCUGCCCAAACAUCUGUCAAGCCCUAUGCCGCAUGGAGGAGAGCACAUGUGUAGUUAUUGUGCGAAAGUUAGUAAGAGCUAAGAUAAACGAAAAAGUGGAAGGAGGAUGAAAAAACAGCAUACAAAAAGAAACAACCCCUAAACAGAAUAUAGCGCUAAAUUUUAAUUAACAUUAACGUUACAAAUGGUAAAAAGAAGAAUAAGACACAUCCGCAAAACCUGCGGGAAGGAAUAGAAAUCUCUAACUUAGCGAAAGAGAGAUGCUGAAACAAAAACAAAAAAAAUCUAUUGUUAGUCGAGAAUAUUUACUAGGAUACCGAUCAGUUGAUGGCAUAAGUGAAGUAAAAAAAAAAAAACACACACACAAUCCCAAACAACUAUACACAAUCUACACAACGCAUACAAAACAAAAAACAAAACAGAUGAUAAUGAAUAAAACCUUCUAGAUAUAAACAAAGCAAAGCAGAAAACAAAAGAAAGCAAAGAAACAUGCCGUUGAAUAAUAAAAGUAAAAGUAAUACAUUAAAAAGCAAACAAAAAUCAGAAGAGAAGCCGACAGGACACACUUAACAGCAGACGAUCUUUAUUUGCAAUACUUCACAGGCACACACACAUAGACACUCGAGGACACGCCUAAACCGUGUGGCGCACACGACCAUUUGCACACGCCACAUUUAUAUACACGAGCACUCACACAAACACGAACAAAACACACACACACACAAAUUAGUUUAAAUAUACCUGUCGUUGGGUAGUGUCGCUUUUUGAAGAUCUGUGGAUUGGAGAAAGAGAAGGUAAAAUAAUACAAAUCACGCAGAACUAGCAGGUUUUGCAACAGAAAAAAAAAAACAGACAAACAAACAAAACACCCAAUACCACAUUACUUAAUACUAUAAAAAAAAACUAUAAAACAAAAGAAAGCCCAAUAAAUUGCAAACAAAGAAGAAUGAUAAACAAAGUAAAGGAAGACCCAAAAUCGUUAGAAAUUCGAGAAACAAACAAAAGAGGAGAAAAAAGAAACAAAAAAAAAACAUAAAAAGAGAUGAAAAUGAUCCAAACGCUUAAGCGAGUAAGCGUUUGUAAGUGCAGCUUUUAGUUUCUUUUCACAGACACACAGAAAAACAAACACACACACUUUAAUGGGAAGCCAUGCGGGAAUGGGCAAGGAAAUAGUUGAAAAAAGUAAUAAAAUAAAGAGAGAAUUUGAAACAAACAAAGAAAGGCUACUCGACGGAAGGCUAUCGAAGAUCUAUUUGAGACAGACCACCCACCACAUUAAUAACACAAGAAGUAUAAUCGAAAAUUGGGGCGUGACGGUAAAGUAAAGGAAUGAAGUGUAACAAACAAAAAGAAACAAAAAGCAUAAACAAUUGAGAGGUAAAAUUCUUUUUUUUUUCUGUUAGUAUGCAACACGCAACACGAAAAUGAGCGAUUGGAAAUGGCCGAUGGCGAUUGGUUUGAUCGGGAAAGGUUCUUUAGGAUGGUGGAAGAGAUCGAAGUAGGUGGUGAGAAGGCGAGUGGAUGGAAAGGGGGGCAAAGAGUGCAGGGGUGAGGGAGCUGGGGAAGGAACAUCACAUCAUAGCAAUGGUCACAGAAUGGUGGUAGUGUGAAGCGAUGAGAGGGGAAUGGAUGGGCCGGCUGGAAAAAAAGGAAUGUAAAGCUAUUAAAUCUUUUUAAUAAACCAAUUAUUGAAAUAAAGAAGAAAA